AUGGGUGGUGAGCACCUCUUCCUCCUGGGCCCUCCGGGCACGGACGGGAAGACAGGCACAGCGCCCUUGAAGCACAGCUUCAAAGUCGUCGAAUUCAUAGCCUUGAAAGAGAAACUGAAGCACCAGCGACACAAGCCGGACCCGUUUGCCAUCCUCGGCCUGAAGCAGUCGGCAUCCUCCGAGCAGAUCACCUGCGCGUAUCGCAGCCUAGCACGUCGCUAUCAUCCCGACAAGGAUCGCUCCGUGCCCUCGCACCUGGCAACUGCGCGCUUCCAACGCAUCCGUGCAGCGUACGAUCUGCUCAGCGAUGAGCGAAAGCGCAAGGCAGCGGCCGCCUCCAGCAUCUCUGCCCCCUUCAAGCCCUCCGCCGCCUGGCGUGCCCAGCAGCGGCGGGCAGCAGGGCACGCUGGCCCGGUGCCGCCCCAAAAGAAGGUGAAGCCCAUGCGGUUCAAACCCGCGAGAAAGAAGAAGAUAAAGCCACAGAAUCCGCCAGCCGCAGAAGAAGAGAAGGAGCUGCCAAAGGAAGCCAAGCAAGUUGACGUCGUCGAAAUCUUGGAUUCCGACGACGAGGUCCGAGCGGUCCCGCCAGCUGCAAAGCUCCCACCUCGGCGGCCUGCGGCCGUUCGGGCUGCGGAGGGCGACGACUGCAGGCGUCUGCAGAGCAGGGCGGCCGCGAAGCGAAGAGCCCUAGAGCGCCGGCACGGGCAAGCUGUGGGCGAGGAGCGGUCGGCAGCUGAAGAACCAGAAGAGGUGGCAGGCAAGUCUUUUGCGCGCUUGGUCUUUCGCUCUGGGAAAGGCCGAAUCUCGGAGAUCCUGGCCGAGGAUUUGCUCGAUGCCUUUCCUGGGGCUGAGGUGAUCUUGCUGCAGCCGUCCCUAGCUGUCCUCUCCUUCCCGACGCAAAAGCAGGCAGUGGCCUGCGCCCUCAGCUUCCAUGGUUGGCCUAGUCGCGCGCCCCCCGAGCGGGAGCUGCGCGUUCUCAGGCAACUGAGUUUGGUCGUGGCACCAGUGGAUUCCAACGGCUGCGCCCAUCCGGGUCCGAAGACCCUCGUUGUGUCGCGGACGCGCGUCGCGGCCGCCGAUGGCCG